AUGAUCAACACUAUCCUUGUGGCAGCAAUCCUAGUGGGCGUGGCGCAAGCCACAAUCAUCCUUAAGCCCCAAAAUCCGGUGGAGCAGACCACCAAGUGCCAGAUCUACUGGCGGGAACACGCCUGGGCUCUCGAAGAUUGUGUGUGCCGGGUCUUCCAGAACGGUUGUCUUCUGGCCGAGGAGAGUGAUCGGCGGGAAAAUGCUGGAAAGACCCCGCUGAUUCCGGUCGAGAAAGGUGUGUGCCAGAAGUUCAUCAAGCGAAAGUGCCUCCUUGGAUGGCCUGUGGUGGCCAAGUUCCCCAAUCCUUCUCCAUGCGACUGCAAUGGCAAGGAGGGCAGUCUGGAGAUCAAGAAGUUUAAAAGUCUGUGCGAAUUGCAGAAGUACGCAGCUGAAUGCAACAAACCCUACAUCAGCUACUCAAGGUGUUAA